GCAGGCGCGCCCUUUUCCUUCCUUUCCGACACUCGAGCGAGAGAGACAAGAUGGGCCAUCAGCAGCUCUAUUGGAGUCAUCCUAGAAAAUUCGGCCAAGGAUCGCGAUCCUGCCGGGUGUGCUCUAACAGACAUGGACUUAUCCGAAAAUACGGACUAAACAUGUGCCGUCAGUGCUUCAGGCAAUACGCACACGACAUCGGCUUCGUGAAGUUGGAUUAGAUGUGUCGGUGGUGGAUAUUCCUCGCCAUUUUCACAGAAUCAGGAGGACGUGCCGAGAGGAGAUGAUUCAGUUGUGGAAAUAAAAAUUUUCGUCCUAA